GAUUCUUUAGAUGCAAUGUUAAAGUGUGCGAAUGAGCAAUGUCCUACUAUACUUUCGCAAACGGUGAUCAGGGAUGAUGAAAGUGAUCCAAUCGCGGUACAAGACGAUCUUCGUAAUACAUGCAAAGAGAAAAACCAAAUCAAUAAUGAAUUCAUACAUACCACUGUUACCGAACAAGCUGGUGCAGAUAUUGUUAACAGAGUCAACGAGCUUAAUUUAGCUGUUGCGGCGCAUAUAUCUGAUAGGAUCACAGACGAGGUAAUCGAGUCAUUAUCAAGAAGUUAUAAAACUUUG